AAGAAGGGACCAAACGUCGAAGAACGAUAUAAUUGCAGUUCCGUAGGCUAACAGUUAUCCGUCGAUCGUCGAGGACUGUUGGUUCAAGUUGCCGAAAGUCAUUCUUUCUCGAAAAAACGAAUGUACUACUACUAAUUUCCAUCCGAUUGCACCAAGAGAGCAGCAAGAGGAACAUUACACAACCCUUCCGAUUUUCUUACUAUUUUUGUUCCUGAUUGAAAAAAAUCUGUGGUUCCUUCGCUCCUCCAAUUCGAGAUCCGGUAGUUGCGUUGCUAACCGAUAAAAAGUCUGGAAAGCACUGAAAACGAAACGGAAGAGAAGAUGGCGACAGAAUCGCUUUUUGAUCCGCAGAAGCAGUUUUUGUCAAAACCGUUGCGACAACGCAUGCAGACGAAGACAACAUUUCCCUGCUUCAUUGUUGUUAUCGUUGUCGCUAUCGCAGCGUCAAAUCUUUCGCUGUCGCGUGCACUCUCCAAUCAACGGUGCAUCCAUAGAAGUAGGAGUAAGUGCAACAUACCAAAGUUCUGCAGUGGCGAUCGACGGCGAUCGACAAAGAAAAAGAAACACUGUUCUCAGUGACCAAACUUUUUGCGUGAUUUUCGUUCGAUCUAACCCUGUGUAUGUUCCUCGCAUCAACGACAUGGCGUGUCAUUGUUCGCGUCGCUAUGUUUUUUUUCUAUAGGGUCGGUAGUUUCCUCGUUUUCCACGGUCGGAUUCCAUCCUGCGAUCGGAAGUAUGAAAGCAGAACAUGCCAAUGGCGUGAAGACUUUUCGUUCGGGAGUGCAACUGUAUGCAUCCGUGAAAUCCUCCAACAAAAAGACGAGAAAAAGAAAACAGAAGCGAGGCUCCAAAAAGGUCUCGGGGGAAGAAAAAAAGAGGGGAUCCCCUGCGCCAGCACCGGGGCACUCGGUGUCGGAAGACGAACUCCAUCAACAUCUCGAUGCACAGUUCAAUUACGGAAAUAGCUCUCCGGUUGGUCCACGCUCGAGACUCCGCGGGAUCAUCGAAAAGGAUGGUGGAGAAAAGGAUGGCAUCGAAGACGAAAAUGCCGACACCAAGAUGCGGGAGCAGCAGUUUUUUCUGAGGCAAUUGAACAAUCGUCCAACGUUGGUAUUGAACGCAAAUUACCUGGUAAGUUUGCAACAAAUCACUGCGGCGCGUUUGCAUGCUGGCGCAUCUCGAUGGUUUCCGGAAAGGUCUUACCUUCUCCCCGCCUGCAAUCGAAACCGCUUUCACCCGUUUUCUCGAUAGCCACUGGGCUAUAUGCCACUGAGUCUCUGGUCGUGGCAGGAUGCCGUCAAGGCGAUUUUCAAGGGCAGCGUCACCGUGGUCGAUGUCUAUCCCGACAUUACCGUUCGGGCAUCAAACAUCAAGGUGCCCCUGCCGUCCGUCAUUGCCCUGAACGAUUUCGUCCUCCAGAAGCAGACCAAGCCCGCGUUUACGCGCAGGAACGUCUUUCUGAGGGACGAGUACAUAUGCCAGUACUGCGGGAACCGGUUCCACACGACGGACCUCUCCCUCGACCACGUGACCCCGAAAUCGAUGGGCGGCCGGCUCACGUGGGAGAACACCGUGACCUGCUGCAAGAAAUGCAACGGCAAGAAGUCGAACACACCGCUGGAAGAACUGGGUUCGAUCGGGAUGAAGCUGAACCGGCUUCCGACCUGUCCCACCCAGGUGGAACUGGCGGCGAAGUCGGCCCGGAUGAUCCCCAAGCGGGUCCAUCCGACGUGGAAGCCCUACCUGGGCAUCCAGGAACGGCCGGCGCCGUCGUCGGCUUCCGGUGCCAGCGGGACGAAGGGAGACGAGGAAUUCAUCGACGAUCGGUAUUUCGAGGAGUAGUUGGAACGAAAGCAACCGACGUGUGUUUCGUUGCACCCUGCUGUACCGUACAAACCCUCGCGCACCGAGACCCAUCGGAGAAGAAACCCUGUUGGGUUUGGGUGCCGCGGUGCAACUCUGUUGCCGGUGUUCUUGGUGUUCCGAGGCACCCGGCGACGUUGCACGGCAUUGGAAACCAUCUGGGUUGGACACAAUUGGGCCUCUGGCCAACCGCUGGCAUAAAUUCCCGACCGAACAACUGAACUAACCAAUGGGGGAUCCACCGCUGCUAUAAUGCAAUACUCUACUAUUCUGCGCUAUACUGUUGUUAUGU